AUGGAAGGCUACGAGGACGACGGUCAUCAUGGCGGUGAUGUCUCGGACGACUCAACGCUGUCCGAACUUAGCUCGCCUAGCGAUAUGCCAGACGACUUCAAGUAUUUCGCUCUAUCUCCAGAAUACAACUCGAUAGAAGCGGCACCUGGCGCAGUGCCAAAUGCAGGAUUGCAGCCAAUCGGACCAAUUGAGUCUCUAAUUGAAUCAGCAGAAACAGCAACCGGCAAUUUAUUCGAGACGCCAGCGUCACGCGCUUCCUCCGAAGACUCAUGCCUCAGCACAGCAAACUCCAUGUACAGCCUGGGGGAGGAAGAGUCGCACACUGACAUGGAGGCAUCGAUCGAGGAUUCUGUCGAGUCGUUCAUCGAAGUGUAUGCCGAGGAGCCACCUUCUGGUGAUGACGACGAGCGUGACGAGCCCUCCGCUGAACCAGAAGAGGGGCUGCCAGAUGAGGAGCUGCCAGAAGAGCACAUACCAGAAGAGCAGACAUUAGAAGAUCAUGCGGACCGACUAGCUAUUGAGCCAGCGGGCACAUGCCCCGACGAGGCCACGGAGCAGCCUGGUGACAAGCCUACUAAGUUGGAGCCUGAGAAGGCGAGACCACUUGGUCAUGUGGUACCAUCACUGCCUCCUUUGCGCGAAAGCGUACACAAGUCGCUUGCCUCGUCGGUGUCUGCCAUUACCGAUCGGUCGGAGCUGUAUUCAAUCCCGUCGCUGGCAUCCAGCUCUAGUAAGGCCACAACACCAAUCGACUCGGACAUACCGCUCGAUGUAUCGAACCCGUCACCGCAGCUGUCCUCGGCACCCGCAAGUAUGCAAGCUCCUUUGCCGCAAUCACUAAGGAAGCUGUCUCUCUCACUUCUUCCCGACCUCCAGCCUCCCCAGUCGGCAGUGGUGCAUCUGCAACAUACGAUUUCCUCACUGGCUUCAGUUUCUCAGCUUCCUGCUUCUCCUGUACCCACAUCGCCGAAACCUUCCCUCCCAAUCCGAAUUGUGCACAAAGUUCGGCCCAAGUCAUCCAUCCCGGCAGACCUGUCCGCGCGGGAAUACGCUAGACAGUGCGUGGCUGCCGCUGAAUCGUCCAGACUCAAUCCAUAUGCUUUAGACGAGGAGGAGCGGAUGAUACUGCGCCAGCACAUCAGCCACGCACAGGUCACCACGUAUCUGAACAUUCGCAACGGCAUCCUCCGGCUAUGGGUACGGCGACCCCAGGUUGCUGUCACACGGCAGGAGGCUAUAGGCUGUGCAAAGGAUAAUCGGUGGUUUGACGCAGCCAAUGUCUGUUUCCACUGGCUUGUCCGUCGUGGCUUCAUCAAUUUCGGAUGUGCGCAGAUACGGGGAAUCCAAGCCAGCGUUGCUGACAAAGUAAAAGACAACGCCGGCGGUAGCAGUAGCAUGCCUUCCGGAAAGCAGCAGCGGAGAAAACGGAUUAUCGUAAUUGGUGCCGGCUUGGCGGGUUUGGGCUGUGCACGCCAGCUGGACAGCCUCUUCAAGCAGUAUACCAAUAGGUUCCUCGAGCUAGGAAAGCAGCCCCCGCCGGACGUGGUUGUCCUGGAGGGACGCAGUCGAAUCGGUGGCCGGGUGUACUCGCGACCAUUCCAGCAGCAGCAGCAACCGCAGCAGGGCGAGGCAAAGGAGGAGGGAAACGAGUCCGGCGAGCGUCCUGUAUUUCGCUGUACUGCUGAGAUGGGCGGCAUGAUCAUCACGGGGUUUGACCGUGGCAACCCACUGAACGUCCUGGUCCGGGGCCAAUUGGGCCUCCCCUACCACGCACUGUGGUCAGAGACAACAAUUCACGACACAGACGGCAAACCGGUCGAUAGCCGGCGUGAUGGAUUGGCGGAAAACCUGUUCAACGAGUGUCUUGACCGUGUCAGCGAGUACAAGUUCAAGACUCCGGUUCAAGCACCGGUCGAAGGCAACCGCGAUCUGAUGGAUGAAGGCCGCGACAGCUCCAGUUCGGCAGAGGGACACCGGAUGAUCGCCCAGGUGGAGGAUGCACAAGCAGCAACAGCGCAGGCGGCACGGACUGUCCAAGCCGUGGCGACGACGGCAAAAAUGGCGCAAGAAGCAGUGGCACUCGCAGCGACCCAGCUUGAGACUCUGGCGGCGAAACCAUCGGCCCAAAAGGCGACAAUCCUGCCCCAGAAUGGGCUCUCUGUCCUGCCGGCUCGUGGCACGCCCGGAGUGCCAGGAGUCUUGCCGGCUGCUUACAAGGUCCAGAAGAUGGGCUGGGAUCUAAGGCCUGGCGUGGUUGAGUCUCGAGACCUCCAUCUAGAUGCAGCUGCAAAGGCACCGGGCGCCACACUGGGCUUCGUAAUUGACGAGGCCAUCAGACAGUAUCAAGAGAUGGUUGAUUUUGGCGCCAAAGACUUUCGGCUGCUCAACUGGCACAUUGCCAACCUGGAAUACAGCACUGCUAUCAAUCAUUCCCGUCUCAGCCUCCAGGGGUGGGACAUUGAUGCCGGAAAUGAGUGGGAGGGAAAGCACAGCAGGGUGAUUGGCGGCUACCAGAGCGUGCCCCGUGGGCUGAUGCUGUGUCCCACGCCUCUGAAUCUGCGUAGAAACAUGAUUGUCACGAAGAUAUCCUACAGCCUGGACACAGGCGGCAGCAAUGCUACUGGCCACAAUGGGUGGGAGGAGGGCAGUGCGCCCGUGAUUAUUGAGUGUGAAGGCGGGUACAGCUUCGAGGCGGACUAUGUUGUGAACACCAUUCCGCUUGGCGUUCUCAAGCACGGCAACGUGGAAUUCGAGCCACCGCUGCCAGAGUGGAAGACUGACGUGAUACGGCGGCUGGGCUACGGUGUGCUGAACAAGGUCAUAUUGACGUUCCCACGUGUUUUUUGGGACCCCAAGUACGACAUAUUCGGGGUGCUGCGCGAGCCGAGCAACGGGUCCAGUCUCGACCAGCAGGACUAUUCGCGACGACGCGGGAGCAUGUUCCAGGGGUUCAACGUGACGACGACGACGGGCCUGCCGUGCCUGCUGGCGCUGAUGGCAGGCGAUGCGGCCUACGACACGGAGACAUCAUCCAACGACGAGCUUGUGGCCGAGGCAAUGGCGGUACUGCGCAGCGUGUUUGGGGCAGAGAAAGUGCCGGCUCCGGCCGAGGCGGUUGUGACGCGCUGGGCCAGCGACCCAUUUGCGCGCGGGAGCUACUCGUCAGCCGGGCCUGAGAUGCGCAUCGACGACUACGACGUGAUGGCGCGGUCGGUCGGCCGGCACCUACUUUUUGCCGGCGAGCACACAACGGGCGCGCACCCAGCGACGGUGCACGGAGCCUAUCUAUCGGGGCUGCGAGCGGCAUCGGAGCUGAUCGAGGAGCUGCUGGGACCCAUCGACGUGCCAGUGCCGCUGGUGAUACCGCGGGAGAUGGCGGCAUCGCUGAAGCGCAAGGCAGUGCGGGAAGAGGAGGAAAGUGCCGGGGGAGGGGCCACGGGCGACGAGAGCGGCAGUGGAAGCGCGGCCGGAAAGGGCGGAGCGAGUCUGGGCAGCAGCCACAGAGCGGUCAAGGCACGUCUGCGGCGGCGGAUGGAGGAGCGCGAACAGCAGAUGGAGAAGUAUGUGCAGGCGCAUAUUGGUGAGCGGCCGCUGCAGCCGGCGCGCGUGGUGGACACGUCGUAUCUGCUGUUCAGCAAGGCGAACUACGAGCGGGCGCGGAAGAAGUGCGAGGAGACAAUGAUGAGUCGGCGCAAGGGUGGCAGCGGCAACGGCAGCGGACUGUCGAGCGCGCGGGCACUUCCCAACGACGUGCGGGUGUUGACGUCUAAGAUGUGGCGCAGCGCAAGCGCUGACGAGCGGCGGCCGUAUGCUGAGCGAGCGUCUGCUGAGAAGCAGGCAUAUGUGGCAGCACUGGAACAGCACAGACAAGAGGCAGCCGAAUGGGACCGACAGGCGACCGUGCUGCGGUCGACCUUUGCGGCCGAAAACUCCGAUCCGACGGCCACUGUGGCUUCGGCGGUGAUUGCGGCUAGCAGUAGCAACAGCAACAGCAACAGCAACAGCAGAAGUAGCAGCAGCAUGGAGCAGAUCGCCCGGUCACCCUCGGCGAUGACGUUGGACAAACCAGAGCCUCCUGCAGUGCCGCGACGGUUGCGACGGCUGACGAGUCAAGCCAUGGAUGCAGACAACAGCGACGUCGACAUGACGGGAUGA